GGCACCAGAGGGGGGGUGCUGCGCUUCCGAAACGAGGCUGUCGGUCGGAAAGGUUAGCUGCGGCCAUGAGCUAGCCAGUGGGCACGACCAUGUGCGCCAGCAUGCACGAGUAACAUCAACACAUACAGAGGGACAGUCCCUUAAUUGUCGGCUAGACAUUACUGCAAUAUAUAUUUACAUAGAAAUUUGUUUUUUGCUGCUAUAUUAAUGCACUCAAUGUAUUAUAUUGCUCUUUUCAACGUGCUUCACUACAGUGCGGUAAGGUUCACCGGCAGUUGGGCCUACACGCUUUCGGCUUCGCGUUUGGUUAAAAUGGACUGCUCUGGGCCGCCGUAGCCAGGAAAAACACUGACAAGCAGCUGUUCCGUCAGUAUUAUGUUACAGAGCUCACGUGUAAGACUUUACUGCGUAUAGUGCUGUAGCAGAGACUACUUUGGAUCAACAGUUACACAAUGGAGCCCGUCAUUAAAAUAAAUCCCGGAGCCACGAAAUGGGACAUCCGUCAGAAAGUGUGGGACUACAUCGAAGAUAAUAAUCUGGCCAAUUUCCCCAGGCCUGUUCACAACAGAAUCCCGAAUUUCAAGGGUGCAAGUCAAGCAUGCAACAGGCUUGUAGAUCUGCAGGAGUUCAAGUCCAGCCAGACAGUCAAAGUAAACCCAGACAGACCACAGCAGCACGCGCGCUUUGUCACUCUGGAAGCGCAGAAAACUUUAUUGGUCCCAACUCCUCGUCUUCGAACUGGCCUUUUCAAUAAUAUCACUCCUCCCCAGGGGGCCAACAAAGAACAGCUACGCAUAUGCUCUUCCUCACAGGGUGUGAGAGACUUCAGUGUGCCUGUUGACCUGGAUGCAAAGGUGAAGGUAGACCUGGUAGUGGUCGGCUCUGUGGCGGUGUCAGAGAAAGGCUUGCGGAUUGGAAAAGGAGAGGGCUUUGCUGACAUGGAGUAUGGCAUGAUGGCUGCAAUGGGAGCAGUGAAUGAAUCUACUGUGGUGAUUACUAUUGUCCAUGACUGCCAGGUGGUGGAUAUUUCAGAGGAGAUAAUAGAAAGCCAUGACCUAACUGUGGACUUCAUCCUCACACCCACCAGAGUGAUUGAAACAAACUGCCAGUUCCCCAAACCACAGGGAAUCUUCUGGAAUAAGCUGGACAGUGAAAAGCUGGAGAAGAUCCCCAUCCUGAAGAAGUUGCGUGCUCUGGAGGAAGAGUGUGGAAAGGAUGUAACACUUGGGGUGGCGCCCCCUGCAGCAGAGCCUGGUCUGCAGACCGGUCCACCCAAAAGGCAAACCAGACGGAGGCCAAGGCAGAACAUACAGCAGGAUGAUAAGGGAGAAUACAAACAGGAGAAAACAGCAGAGUCAGAAAAGAGAGUCAGACAGCGCCCCGCUAGAGUGAGGAAAGACAGCAGAGGAGAAGGUGGAGGUUAUGAGAGAGGAAGGGGAAGAGGUGGAGAGAACCUGAGGGAAAAGGGCCCACAGGAGGGAGGAAGUGAAGUCGUGUCUCAACGAAAGCUCCCUCUGAGUGUGACCACAGUUUACCUGGGCGGAAUCCCUGCUGGGCUGCGUGUUAGUGAGCUGAAAGCGGCCCUCAGAGAGAGGGAGGCCGCCCCACUGAGGCUCACCUGGCAGGGAGCUCAACACAGGGCCUUCCUGGACUACAGCGACCCUGAGGCUGCAGAGCAGGCCUUGGAGGCUCUGCAGGAUCUCAGUCUGAAUGGUCAGAGUCUGCAGGCUGAGCUGGCCAAGAGUCAGCGGGGAGGCAAGAGGUCCGGACAGUCCAACCGGAGACCAAGACCAUCAGCAGUCCCGAAAUCUGACGAGGCGCCAGCAGAUAUUGAGAGUGACACCAAUGAAGAGACUGAGCAGUAGAGCAAUAAGCAAUACUCAGCCAGAGAAGUAUUAAUUGUGGAGCAACGUAAAAUUGCCUUAAGAAGAAAUACUUUUUGUUUUUUGAUAUUUUUGGAUUUAGUACAAGAGGACAUCAGUUAUUUGGACCAUAGACAUCUAAAUUGACGGCUAAGACUAAUGGGUUUAAAAAAUAUGAAUAGAAUAUGCAAUAGUUGAAUCAAAAAGCAUUUCACUAAAAAGGUAUUUUGUACAUGUACCAUUUCAUAAUACGUAACCACACACACACGCACCGACCGACCUAUGUGCCUUGUUUAUUCAAACACCCCUCGCGCUCUGUGUGUCUCGAUAGCAUUCAGUUUUUGAAGGUGCUUUUUGAGUAAAUGAGUUGAGUUAUUAUCCUUUAAAUCUGUAGACUGUAUAUACAGUCUAUUUGUUAAAAUACAUGUGUAGAGUAAAUUGUUGUAAGUGUUCAGAACAUUUCAGUUUCAAAACCAGUUAUUAUAGUUGCCUCUUUAAAGAGUUUUGUUUUUAAACCAGUUUUUCUGCUCGUUGAUCUCCAAACCAUUUUACUAAGGUCAUGGGUCAAAGAAGAACUUCUAAGUUUUUGUUGCAGAUAGCGUCACCAUGUGGUCAUUUAAACAAUAUAUACCAUCCUGAUGAUUGCUGAGCCCUGAAGUGUACCAGAAAAAUCCCUGCUCAACAUUUACAUAUCUUUAUACAUUAUGUCACACCAAUGUUUGACUACACAGGAAUUGAUUCUUUAAAAACACGUUUUUCAACACAAAUUUCAUCCAAUUUCCACAAAAUCUAAUAUUUAAAUGACUGGUAGCAUAAUUCUUUUCCUAUUCCAUUACCAAAUUGCUAAAUACUAAUGCUAAAUUGCUAUACUGUGCAGUUGCAACUAAAUUAAAAAGAUGUGGACAUAUUUGCAAAUUGUUGGGCCAUUUUGAUCACAGACCACAGCAACAUAGUGUUUAAAUGGCCAUAAUUCAGUCAUGAGGAUUCUGACUUAGUUAUAAAUUUGCACAAUUCAUCCUUUUGUUCGGCCCAGGGUUUAGGUACUCUUCUUGUGUUUAAAUUUGGAUCUGGAUCAAGAUGCAGUUUAUAAAGAUCUAAACCUAUUUUAUUUGAAAAUUACAAAUGUAGAGGUUUGUGUAGCCUUGUUGGAGCUAUGCUUUUUGAUUUCUACUUCCUUGCAGUUUCUACUUGCUUAUGUUUUUGUUUUGUUUUUUGUUUGUUUUUUUUGAAUAUUUUGGUAAAGGAUAUUGUACUAGUAAUAAUUGUAUCUUUUGUUGUUAGAAAUGACACAUUCAUGGCUUCCUGUUUUGUUUGGCCAGUUUGAGUAUGAAGCCAGGCUCACCAUGUAACGUUUCAGAGAUGCUACGGUGCCGGCUGAACUGUUCUAGUGUUGAUGCAUCAGUUUGUAACCCGUUAUAACAUUGUCCAUUGAAGCUUUUGACUGUACUGGCUCCUAAGUGUCUUCUUUU